CAUUUCCCAGGAGGCAGCGGGACGACGCUGCUGCUGCCGCCGUCUUUGGAGAGCGGGGACGCUGGGCGCGCUGUCGGGCGGGGGCGAGGUUCGGGCCGGUUGUGCCGUUGCGAGGCUGCAGCUGCGAUCGCUGCGGCUGGCCCAGAAUUGUAUGCUGACUUUCUAACCUGGGGACUCCGGUGACAUCACCUCUGUUGUCUGGAAGGUGGUGCCUGGGAUCCUGUCCAAGCGAAUCCUUGCUCUGAUAAGGUGUAACUGAAAAAAAGCACCUUUUCAAAGAUGUCAAAAACAAACAAGUCCAAGUCUGGAUCUCGCUCUUCUCGAUCAAGAUCCGCGUCAAGAUCUCGUUCCCGAUCAUUUUCGAAGUCUCGAUCCCGAAGCAGAUCGAUCUCUCGGUCAAGGAAGCGCAGGCUGAGUUCUAGGUCUCGUUCCAGAUCAUAUUCUCCAGCUCAUAACAGAGAGAGAAACCACCCUAGAGUAUAUCAGAACCGGGAUUUCCGAGGUCACAACAGGGGCUAUAGGAGGCCCUAUUAUUUCCGUGGUCGCAACAGAGGCUUUUAUCCAUGGGGCCAGUAUAACCGAGGAGGCUAUGGAAACUAUCGCUCAAAUUGGCAGAAUUAUCGGCAAGCAUACAGUCCUCGUCGGGGCCGUUCCCGAUCUCGGUCCCCAAAGAGAAGGUCCCCUUCGCCGAGGUCCAGGAGCCAUUCUAGGAACUCCGAUAAGUCAUCUUCUGACAGGUCAAGACGCUCCUCAUCUUCUCGUUCUUCCUCCAACCACAGCCGGGUUGAAUCUAAGCGCAAGUCUACAAAGGAGAAAAAGUCCUCUUCCAAGGAUAGCCGGCCAUCUCAGGCUGCUGGGGAUAACCAGGGAGAUGAGGCCAAGGAGCAGGUGUUCUCUGGGGGCACCUCUCAAGAUACAAAGACUUCUGAGAGCUCAAAGCCAUGGCCAGAUGCCACCACCUAUGGCACUGGUUCUACGUCACGUGCCUCUGCGGUUUCUGAACUGAGUCCUCGGGAGCGAAGCCCAGCUCUGAAAAGCCCCCUCCAGUCUGUGGUGGUGAGGCGGCGGUCACCCCGUCCCAGCCCUGUGCCAAAACCUAGUCCUCCACUUUCCAGCACAUCCCAGAUGGGCUCAGCUCAGCCAAGUAGUGCUGGGUAUCAGUCUGGAACACACCAAGGUCAGUUCGACCAUGGCUCUGGAUCUUUGAGUCCAUCAAAAAAGAGCCCUGUGGGUAAGAGUCCACCGUCCACUGGCUCUGCAUAUGGCUCAUCUCAGAAGGAGGAGAGCACUGCUCCCGGAGGAGCAGCCUAUACCAAGAGGUAUCUGGAAGAGCAGAAGACAGAGAAUGGAAAAGAUAAGGAACAGAAACAAACCAAUACUGAUAAAGAGAAAGUUAAAGAAAAAGGGAGCUUUUCUGACACAGGCUUGGGUGAUGGAAAAAAUAAAUCUGAGUCAUUUGCUUCCAAAAGUGAUACCGAGAAGUCUUUUCGGGGCAGCCAGUCUCCCAAAAGGUAUAAGCUCCGAGAUGACUUUGAGAAGAAGAUGACUGACUUCCACAAGGAGGACAUGGAUGAGCAAGAUAAGGACAAAACUAAAGGGAGGAAGGAAUCUGAGUUUGAUGAUGAACCCAAAUUUAUGUCAAAAGUCAUAGCAGGUGCAAACAAAAGCCAGGAAGAGGAGAAGUCAGGCAAAUGGGAGGGUCUGGUGUAUACCCCUCCGGGGAAGGACAAGCAGAGGAAAACAGAGGAGCUGGAGGAGGAGUCUUUCUCAGAGAGAUCCAAAAAGGAGGAUCGGGGAGGGACCAAGAGAACCGACAGUGGGCACAGGGGGUUUGUGCCUGAAAAGAAUUUCCGAGUGACCGCUUACAAAGCAGUCCAGGAGAAAAGCUCAUCGCCUCCCCCAAGAAAGACCUCUGAGAGCCGAGACAAGCUGGGAGCCAAAGGAGACUUUCCCUCGGGCAAGUCUUCCUUUUCCAUUACUCGCGAAGCCCAGGUCAAUGUCCGGAUGGACUCUUUUGAUGAGGACCUUGCACGACCCAGUGGCUUAUUGGCUCAGGAACGCAAACUCUCUCGGGAUCUAGUCCAUAGCAACAAAAAGGAACAGGAAUUUCGUUCCAUUUUCCAGCACAUACAGUCAGCUCAGUCACAGCGCAGCCCCUCUGAAUUGUUUGCUCAGCAUAUCGUGACUAUUGUUCACCACGUGAAAGAGCAUCACUUUGGGUCCUCCGGAAUGACAUUGCAUGAACGCUUUACUAAAUACCUAAAGAGGGGGACUGAGCAGGAGGCUGCUAAGAACAAGAAAAGCCCAGAGAUACACAGGAGGAUAGAUAUUUCCCCCAGUACAUUCAGGAAACAUGGUUUGGCUCAUGACGAAAUGAAAAGUCCUCGGGAACCAGGCUACAAGGCUGAGGGAAAAUACAAGGAUGAUCCUGUGGAUCUCCGCCUUGAUAUUGAACGUCGUAAAAAACAUAAGGAGAGAGAUCUUAAACGAGGUAAAUCAAGAGAAUCAGUGGAUUCCCGAGACUCAAGCCAUUCAAGAGAGAGGUCAGCUGAGAAAACAGAGAAAACCCACAAAGGAUCAAAGAAGCAGAAGAAACACAGGAGAACACGGGAUCGCUCCAGAUCCUCCUCCUCCUCCUCCCAGUCGUCUCAUUCCUACAAAGCAGAGGAGUACACCGAGGAGACAGAGGAGAGAGAGGAAAGCACCACAGGCUUUGACAAGUCCAGGCUUGGGACCAAAGACUUGGUGGGGCCAAGUGAGAGAGGCGGCGGCCGCGCUCGGGGAGCCUUUCCCUUUCGAGCCCGAGGGAGAGGCUGGGGCCGAGGCAACUACUCUGGUAACAAUAACAACAGCAGCAACAACGAUUUCCAAAAAAGAACUCGGGAAGAAGAAUGGGACCCGGAGUAUACACCCAAAAGCAAGAAAUAUUACUUGCAUGAUGACCGGGAAGGUGAAGGCAGUGACAAAUGGGUGAGCCGGGGCCGGGGCCGAGGAGCCUUUCCCCGGGGUCGGGGCCGGUUCAUGUUCCGGAAAUCCAGUACCAGCCCCAAAUGGGCCCACGACAAAUUCAGUGGGGAGGAAGGGGAAAUUGAAGACGACGAAAGUGGGACAGAGAACCGAGAGGAAAAGGACAAUUUACAGCCCGCGGCUGAGUAGGGGCCACUGCGGAAGAAGCCCUCAUCCAGGGGAGAGGCAUGCCAGGAAGACGCUGGGGAGGAGCUGCGCAGGAGCCUCUAGAAGAUCCUAAACAAUCUCGCCGCUGCCCGCUGCUGGCCACGCUUAAGCCUGCUGUGGAGGAGAGCAUCCUUGAUGCUGUGUGUCCCCCUGGACGGAAGGGCUGGCCACAGCCUGGGCCGAGAACACCACCUCUUGGGCCGCGGCAGGGUUCCUCAUUUGCUGUGGGGGUGUGGGGGAGGGGCAGGGGAGGGAGGGAAAGCAAUGCUUGGAUUUUGGUUUGUUCCCUAUUAGAAACCAACAGUUUUGUUCUUCAUUUCAUUUGAAGCUCAAAGGACUAAUUUGAUUCUCUGUAUCUUUUUUCCCCAUCCUAAUUUCAAGAGCCCUUUUCUUUUUAGGCGUAUGUAGUAAUAGCUGAAAGAUUUAAUUUGGGCAACUUUGAUUCUUAAAAAAAAAGCAAAGCAUGUGAAUAAACAUUGAAGUGUUCACCUCAGUUUGGGACCAAACUGCUUGGAUCUUUCUAAAAACCGGUUUUGUAUGUCAAGGAGGAGUUUAAGGCCUUUCUGACCACCUAGUGUUCCCCUUUCUGCACAGCCAUGUUCACAUGGAGUCGCUCCUGGCCACACCCGCACCUGCUUCUGAACUCUGAUUUCUGGGCUGGGCUUCCUGUUCCCCACCAGCAGCUCCAGUUCCCAAACUUUCUAGUCCUGCUGAUCGUCUCGGCAACGGUGGAAACUGGAGGGCAGUUUCUGGUCUGUUUUCUAAGAAACUUCUGAAUUAUCUUUACAAAUAUGAGAAAAUAAUUUUUUCAAUAUUUUUAGUAAUCUUUUUAUAAAAUGAAACUCCUAUGCUCGAUUAAGGAAGGUGGUUUGGCUGGGUGGUUCAUGGGGUUGUUUUGGUGUUGUUUUGUUUUCUCUUUAACCUUAAGCUUUAAGUUGAAACAUUCUCAGAUAUUUGGGGGGAGAACAUCCUCUUAAAAUGGGUCCUUGUGCUUGCCUUCUGGGGAGGCGGUCCUGAGCAGGAGAAUCAUCGGCAUUCCUGCAUAUGUUGUAUGCGGACAGCACCCACCCCUUCCCCGCCUUUACCUCCUGGCUUGUUCAGCUACUUUUCCCUUUUCUUUGCUACAUUUCUAUAUAGUUAAGUUGGUUGUACUUGGAUGAUUCAUGUUUGGGGGGGAAUGAAAAAUACUCUUGAAAUUUGUUUCAACUCCUCCUGCAAAUAAAAACAAUAAAAUGAAGUGGCA